AACAAUCUUCCUUCUCCACAACCACAUCAACCAUGUCUGCCCAGAAGUCCUUCUUGGAUGCGGUCAAGGAGCGCCGCACCUACUACGCGCUCAACAAGGAGGCUCCCAUCUCCGACAAGCGAAUCACCGAGAUCGCUGAGCAAGCUGUUCUCCACGUUCCCUCUUCAUUCAACUCUCAGUCCACUCGCCUCGUUGUCCUUCUGAACAAGGAUCACGAUACCUUCUGGGGGCAUGUGCUCGACGUCUUGAAGCCUCUCGUACCUGAGGAUCAGUUUCCCUCAACCGCAGAGAGAAUCAACGGCUUCAAGGGCGCUUAUGGAACUAUCCUCUUCUACGAAGACCCGGAACCCGUCGAGAAGCUCCGCAAGGCAUUCCCUGAAUACGCCCACCACUUCGGCGACUGGUCUGAGCAGACCGACGCCAUGCACCAGUAUGCCCUGUGGGUCGCGCUUGAGGCUGAGGGCUUCGGCGCCAACCUCCAGCACUACAACCCCAUUAUCGACCAGAAGGCUGCUCAGCAAUGGAGCAUUCCGCUCGAGUGGAAGCUCCGUGGACAGCUGGUCUUCGGUGGCCGCGCUGGCGGUGUUGGCGAGAAAGAGUUUCAGGAAACACACGGCAAGAGACUGUUUGUCCACGGUGCUAAGGAGUAAGAAGUAGAAGACAAACAUAACGAAGCAAUGAAGUGUUAGACGUAUGUUGAGCUUACGUCGGUCCCUUUC